AUGGAGGUUUACCAGAUCCCGGACCUCACAAAAUGUCGCUUGUUGGCUGCAAUUCUCAAGGACGACGCUCACCACUGGUUUAAGAGGCUUCCCGCAAAUUCCAUUAAUUCUUGGAGGCAGAUGAACGAGCAGUUUGUGGGACAAUUCAGGGCAUCCGUUACAUAUGCCCCACCUGCUAAAACGCCGACCUCGAAGGAAACCCUAAAAAAUUUCCUAAUAGUUGGUGUGAGGCCUGGAACAAAUUUCUGGAUGGAAUUGCAAGGACUGGAACCCGAAACCCUGGCUGACUUCUUUGCUAGGGCCGAGCCCUACAAGGUCAUUGAAGAAUCUCUAGCUAAGCUGAAGAUGGAGUCAAAAUCUAAAAGCCGCAAUAGCUGGAAAAGAAAAAGAGAUAGAUCUUACAACCCUGAAAAGAGGGGCGCCUAUAAAAGGAACCCCUACACAAGGCCAGCUGGUGAGAAGCCUUCAACCCGUGAUGGCAAGACUUCACCCAUCUCGGUGAAUGCAACCAGCACGCAAGGCUUCGACAAAUCAAGGCUAACUCCAAGGAAACCCCGGGACCCUCAAUAUAUCGAAUACAGGCCUCGUACAGCCUCCGUUGAGCACAUUUUCGAGGUUGGAGAAAAGGCUAGGCUUUUCAGGAAGCCUUUCCGAAGUGGCCCUCUGGGGAAGAAAGACCAAGGCAGGUAUUGUGCCUUUCACGACCUGAACGAGCAUGACACUACAGAAUGUGUGCACCUCAAGGAUCACAUAGAGGAUCUCAUCGGGAGUGGAUAUUUGACAGAAUUUGUGGCCAAAAAAUACAAGGACAAGAAGGCCAACAAGGCGAAUGAUCAAGGGGCCAGGCGUAACACCAGGGCUGGCAGUGUGCGAACUAUCAUUGGAGGAGCGUUUGUCGGAGGCCAGGGAAGGAGUGCUAUGAGGAGAUAUGUGCCGGAGGCCCAUGGGCAACCCCUAACCAAUGUGUGCAACCUAUCUGAGUGA